CCUCGCGCGCGGCGCCCCACGGCCUGCGAGCUGCUGUCCGCCCGCUCGCCCGCCCGCUCGACGCUGCCUCCCCGCGGCGCGCGCCUACCUGCCUGGCGCGGCCUCCCGCCGUCUCCUCCGCCGCGCGGCGCCCCCUCCAGGCCCCAGGCACCCCGUGCCAAGCCCGCGGCCGCCGCUCCCCGCGUCGGGACCGAGCUUGGUGAGGUCUGUUUUUCCGGUGCCUGCUGCUGUGGGGUGCAGACCUGCAGACUGAGGUCAGCUGGGAGGAGAGUUGAGCCGUUGCGCAGUCCUGCGGUACACACUAAACCACAAUCUGCAUGUUAACAAGCCUGCUCUGACAAAGGUGGAGACUGGAGAAUCCCCUGGACUUGCUGGAUUCCACCUUAACUGAGAAAAUUAGAGCCCCAGGUUGGGGAAGAGACCUUGCUUCUAAAGGAAUAAGCAGUCCAGGUUCUUACUCUGUAGCUCACACUGGCUUCAAAGUCUCUUACAUUCCUCCUGCCUCACCCUGGAGUAUUGGGUUUCAAACCCAGCAGAUAGUCCAUGAUAGAUACCUAAGUGAGUUCACAUUUUAAGAAUUGUUUCGUAACAAAAGCUGCGUGAGAUGAUCCAGACCUGUAGCCUCAGCUGCCCAGGAGGUUGAAGCAUGAGACUCACCUGAACCCAGGAAUUCACAAGCCAGAACAGCACAGUGAGACUGCCCCAAGGUGGAAAAACAAAAUUAAACAAAUAAAACAAACCCCACCCAGGCAGCAGUUCCUAGUGAAGGUGUGAUUUGAGCUGGGAGGGAGCCGCAGGAGCAUCUGAAACUUAAAAGCUAAUCCUCAGCUACAAGCCCUAUUCUGAAAAGUCCAUUGUGUACCUUGUCACCAGCUCGUCUGAUCCUUCUCUGAGCCCUCCUGAGCUGGAAGAUUUCAUCCUGAUGGCUGACUCAAAACCACUCAGGACCCUGGAUGGGGACCCCGUGGCUGUGGAGGCCUUGCUCCAGGACGUGUUUGGGAUUGUUGUAGAUGAGGCCAUUCUGAAGGGGACCAGUGCCUCUGAGAAGGUCUGCGAAUGGAAGGAGCCUGAAGAACUCAAGCAGCUGCUGGACUUGGAGCUGCAGAGCCAGGGCGAGUCCCGGGAGCAGAUCCUGGAGCGCUGCCGGACUGUGAUUCACUACAGUGUCAAGACUGGUCACCCCCGGUUCUUCAACCAGCUCUUCUCAGGGUUAGAUCCCCAUGCUCUGGCUGGGCGCAUCAUCACGGAGAGCCUCAACACUAGCCAGUACACAUAUGAGAUUGCCCCCGUGUUUGUGCUCAUGGAAGAGGAGGUGCUGAAGAAACUCCGUGCCCUGGUGGGCUGGAACUCUGGGGAUGGGGUCUUCUGUCCUGGUGGCUCCAUCUCCAACAUGUACGCCAUGAACCUGGCCCGCUUUCAGCGCUACCCAGACUGCAAGCAGAGGGGCCUCCGGGCCCUGCCGCCCUUGGCUCUCUUCACUUCAAAGGAGUGUCACUACUCCAUCACCAAGGGAGCUGCUUUUCUGGGACUUGGCACCGACAGUGUCCGAGUGGUCAAGGCUGAUGAGAGAGGGAGGAUGAUCCCUGAGGACCUGGAGAGGCAGAUCAUUCUGGCAGAGGCUGAGGGCUCUGUGCCAUUUCUGGUCAGUGCCACCUCUGGUACCACCGUGCUAGGGGCCUUUGACCCCCUGGAUGCAAUUGCCGAUGUUUGCCAGCGACACGGACUGUGGUUCCAUGUGGAUGCUGCCUGGGGUGGGAGCGUCCUGCUGUCUCGGACACACAGGCAUCUCCUGGAUGGGAUCCAGAGGGCUGACUCUGUGGCCUGGAACCCUCACAAGCUUCUCGCCGCAGGGCUGCAGUGCUCCGCUCUUCUUCUCCGGGACACCUCGAACCUGCUCAAGCGCUGCCAUGGAUCCCAGGCCAGCUACCUCUUCCAGCAAGACAAGUUCUACGAUGUGGCUCUGGACACCGGAGACAAAGUGGUGCAGUGUGGCCGCCGCGUGGACUGUCUGAAGCUAUGGCUCAUGUGGAAGGCACAGGGUGGGCAGGGGUUGGAGCGGCGCAUCGACCAGGCCUUUGCUCUCACCCGGUACUUGGUGGAGGAGAUUAAAAAGCGGGAAGGAUUUGAGUUGGUAAUGGAGCCCGAGUUCGUCAACGUGUGCUUCUGGUUUGUGCCUCCCAGCCUUCGGGGGAAGAAGGAGAGUCCAGAUUACAGCCAAAGGCUGUCUCAGGUGGCCCCUGUGCUCAAGGAGCGCAUGGUGAAGAAGGGGACCAUGAUGAUUGGCUACCAGCCCCAUGGGACCCGGGCCAACUUCUUCCGAAUGGUGGUGGCCAACCCCAUACUGGCCCAGGCCGAUAUAGAUUUCCUUCUGGGCGAGCUGGAGCUCCUGGGCCAGGACCUGUGAGCUGCUUCUGCUCUCUGCCCCACCCAAGCUCUGCGUAGUCUCCUGGGUUCUCAAAAUCGACCUUUCUAGGAAACAGUGGCCUUGACUGUGUGUGCUCCCACACACUCACUCUCCCAGCUAAGUAUUGGCUGUCAGGAAGGUGUCUAAACACACUACAGUAUGUUCUUACGAAAUAUGCUUUUAUUAAGUUGGGCACAGGGGCACACACCUUUACUACCAGCAUUGGGGGGACAGAAGCAGCCAGUUUGAGGCCAGCCUGGACUACAGAGCUGGGCUACACAGAGAAACUGUCUCAAAAAGAAAAAAAGAAAAGAAAAAAAGAAAUAUUUUUCAUUAAAAUUAUGUUUAUAAAGAAUUUUUAUUAAUAUGAGAGAAAUGGUACAAUGUAUUGAAAAGCUGGAUAUGAGUUUAUGAAUCACAGUAUCUGAGUUAGGCUAAAAAUCACAUAGGAAAAGGCUGUCGGUGGAACUGUGCCAAAGGUCAGCAGUUUUCCCUGGAACGGGAUAUUAGGUUAUUCCCAAAUCAACCUCUCAGACCUUUUGUGCUUCCCCAUUUUAUUGUGUAACAACAUCACAUACUUCUGAAAUAGGACAAUAAAGCUGCGGUUUCCAUUA